AUGGCAGGUGAUAAACGUCUCGUGGGAUGGCUAAAAUCGAUUCUCGAUGAAUUUCAAGCACUGCCAGAAACGCUAGAGCCCGUUAUUUUAGUUGGCGCCACCAGUCGGCCGGAGUUGCUGGACAAUUCUUUGCGAAGACCUGGUCGAUUUGAUAUCGAAGUGGAGAUGCCCAUUCCCACUCCUGCAGACAGGAGGUUAAUACUGGAUGAAGCACUGAAAACGCUGGGGGUAAAGCACACUCUUGAGGAGAAGCAAAUUGUACAGCUGGCCGACUCUGCUCAUGGAUUUACCGGCGCUGACUUGAAGCAUCUCUGCCGUAUGGCAUUGCUCACAUCUGACAACGAGCUUACUGGCGGUGACGGUUACUCGCAGACAUUAACAUUCGCCAAACUGUCCGCCUCACUGCGCCUCACAAAGCCAAGUAUUAUGCGUGAGAUCAGCCUGGAGAAUCCCAAGGUCUUCUGGACGGACAUCGGCGGACUGCAUGCACUUCGACAUCUGCUGGAGGAGACGGUGGUCUGGCCGGUGAAGCACCCUCAGGCGUUCACCCGAAUGGGCAUCGAGCCCCCUCGCGGCAUUCUCAUGUACGGCCCGCCGGGCUGCUGCAAAACGAUGAUUGGCAAAGCACUGGCCACUGAAUCGGGACUCAACUUUUUCUCCAUCAAAGGACCUGAGCUCUUCUCUAAGUGGGUGGGCGAAUCUGAGCGAGCCAUUCGAGAGAUGUUUCGGAAAGCCCGCGCCGCCGCCCCUUCAAUUUUAUUCUUCGAUGAAAUAGACGCACUGGCCGCCGAACGAGGUCAGACACAGUCUGCCGUUGGCGACCGUGUUCUGGCGCAGUUGCUCACCGAAAUUGACGGCGUGGAGAAGCUCAGUCAGGUGGCCAUUAUCGCCGCCACCAAUCGGCCGGACAUUGUGGACAAGGCGCUGCUGCGACCAGGUCGACUGGACUCGAUGGUGUACGUGCCACUGCCUGACCUGCCCACCCGAAAGGAGAUCUUUGAAAUUCAUGCAAAGCGAAUGCCACUGCCCGUAGAAAAUGAAACUGAACGAGGGCAGUUUAUCAGCGAGCUGGCCGACAAGUCGCACGGCUAUACGGGCGCUGAGGUGGCAGCCAUCUGCCAGAAAGCGGGCCUCAUCGCACUGGGUGAAAGCCUGCAGGCUGACACCGUCACUCGAGAGCACUUUCUGGAGGCGUUUGACCGUGUAAAGCCACGAAUUGGCGAGGAAAUGAUUGCAUUCUACGAGGAGUUUUCCAGUCGCGCCGAGGAGUUGAAGCGCAAAAAAUAA